UCUGUUACAGAGAAAAAAACAAUUACGUAUAUAUUUGAGGCUAUUAUGAUGACGUUUAUAUAAACCAACUUGUAUCUGCAAUUUCAAAUGGCGACAGUUGACUUACCGAUACAAGAUGACAUCUGUCUUGGAUUGCUAAUAUUUGUUAUCUGCUUGAGCCUACCUCUCCUGAUAACGAUUGUGAUUGGGAACCUUGUCGUCAUACUUAGUAUUUACCGUAAUCAGGAAUUGGCGAACACCUCCAGUUACAUUUUUAUAUCAUCGUUGGCACUUUUCGAUUUUUUAACUGGUUUGAUAGGAUUACCUUUUGCCAUCGUUGGAUUUCUUCUUCGUCGACAGUUUCUUUAUAGCGUGAACUGUGCAAUAUGGUAUUUUGCACCAUGUAUGAUAUUUGUACAAGUCUCAGUACUGAACAUGGUAUUGAUCACAUUCGAUCGAUUCAUUGCGAUUAAAUAUCCCUUUCGAUACCAUAAGUGGAUGUCGCCUGGAAGAGCAAUUCGCAUUUCUAUCUUUGCAGAUCUAUUCGGUAUUCUCUUUGGAAGUAUGUCAUUCAUUGUCACUGCCGUAGCUGCCAUUUUUGUUCCAUUACCAAAUGUUACUUAUGAAUAUGAUUGUGAACAAUUUCCCUUAUAUGAAUAUUACGGUGCACCCGCAUAUAAUUACUUAGCAAAUCCGCUUGGAGGUUUGACGAUUCCUACUAUGUUUAUUCUCUAUGCGUAUAUUUUCACAAUUGCCUCAAAGAAGGCGAAGGAAACUGCUACACGACAUGGGAAAAGAGUCGCCACUCGAGAAAUGAAAGUAACCAAGACCACAGCCAUAGUACUUUUGGUUUACACUUUGUGUAUUGCGCCAAGUGUCAUUAAAGGUAUUUUCCAGGAAUAUAUCGAAAAUGGUUCCAAUUGGCUAGUGUGGUACCCAUGGUUUGCGGAUUAUUUAGCAACGUCCAACUCGAUGGUGAAUCCGUUUAUAUAUGCCGGAAGAAGUAAAGUGAUGAGACACGAAUUUAAGGAAACUAUUAACAUUUUCGUUAAUAAGAUUUGUAAAAGGUCGACUAGAAAAAUUGCACCGAAAGAAAAAUCAAAAAUAAAAUCAAUGACUAUAUAAACGAAAGGCCUAGUAAUAGUAAAACCAG